AUGGCCAAGGCAGUUUGUACUCUCUACGGCAAUGACGCGACAGUUUACGGGUCGUUGGUGAUUACACAAUCUCAUGAGGAUGCCAAGAGUGUGAUUACGGGGGAACUGAAGGGACUCUCACCUGGUAAACACGCACUGCACGUGAACGUUUACGGGGACGUGUUGCAACCUGGUGGUGUGUUUAACCCAUUUGGAAAGAACCACGGAGCCCCCGAAGACGAGGAACGUCGCGUUGGAUCAUUAGGCAAUGUGAUUGUGGGAGAAGACGGCAGUGCAAAGGUGCACAUGGAAGAGAAACUCGUAAAACUCAUUGGCCCUCACUCGAUCAUUGGUCGUAGUCUUGUGAUCCAUGAAGGAGAGGACGACAUGGGCAAAGGGGGCCAUGACUUGUCACUGCAAGAUGGAAAUGCUGGUGCUAUUAAAGCGUUUGGGGUUGUCGGGAUUUCCAGUUAG